GAUAAUGUGAAUGAAAAUUUGAAUGUACUUUGAUAAAAAGAAGAAAGACAUGAGAGAGAGAGGAAGAGAGAGAGUGAGAGGGGUUCGCGGCGGACGACGGGCACGGGCAUCAGAGACGACACUGAGUUGGGAGCGGGUAGGAUCAUGCAGAAGAGGCCAACAACAGAGGUCAGUGGUGGAGAGACGAGGACAAUGGCAAUCUGAGAGAAAACAGGGUCGAGGGAAUCAGAAAGAAAGACCGUAUGACGAGGGUUUGUAUAAUCAAGCCACCCCCUACUUCUUCACCAACUUCCCGGAGUCUUGGUCUUAUGCGGAUAUGUGGAGAACUUUCUUACAUUAUGGGAGGGUGUAUGAUAUCUACAGUCCGAACAGAAGAAGCAGGAAUGGAACCAGGUUUGGGUUUGUGAGGUUUCUGGAAGUUAAGGACAGAAAGGAGUUAGAACGGCAACUAGAUCAGAUCUGGGUUAAUGGCAUGAAGUUAUGGGUUAAUAGUCCGAGAUAUGAUGUUGAAAAGAAUAGAAGCAAGGAGAAAAGAAUCAGCAGUGAAGGGACAUCUCAGUUGCAAGCUCAUAAAUAUGAUGAGGCCAUGGAAGGAAAAAUCAGUCGAGAAAGGAUGCCUCAAAAGCAAAACAAAAGUUAUGCUGAGGUGGUGAAAGAAAAUCAGAGGGAAAGAUUGUUUGAAGAAGAUAUCACUCAAAAUCAGUCAAUCCAGGAAAGAAGUAAUAGUAGAAUCAGAUUCGGGCUUCAUAAUAGGGAGCCAAGGAAAAGAUGGCAGGAGAAAGGAAGGAGAGAAGACUGGGUUGGGAUGGAAUAUAAUAUCAAGCCUGAAGAAUAUUCAUGGCUCAAUGGGUGUUAUGUGGGCACAGUGCACUCAGUAGAAAUGGUCCGCAAUUUACAAGAGAAAUUUUACAUGGAAGGGUAUUUUUCUUGUAAAAUAUAUGCGAUGGGAGGACGAUUAGUCUUGUUGGAUUGUGAGGACAAGGAGGAACUUAAGGAUAUGGUGGAGAUGGCAACAGAAUGGCUAGGCAAGACUUUAUGCCUUCUUUCCAAAGUGAUUCAGAGGAACAGGAGAUGUGGUCAACUGAGAGUGAAAUGGAAGAGCAGAAAUCCGAAAAUGCAAGGGAAGAGUUGCAGGAUGAAGCCGAAGAUUGCUAGGAAGAAGAAGAUGACGUGCCUGGAACAAAUUCAAAAUUUGAAAAUAGUGGGAGGAAAUGGAGGGGCAGAGACGGAGAUCAAAUAUCAAGGGAAGCUGUCAUCAUCAACGAGCCCUGAAGAGGAGAAGGGGGCGGAUUUGGGCUCUAAAAAGAAUGAUCCAGCAUACAUGAAGCCCAUGAGACAGGAAGAAAGCUUAGAGUGUGUGGAGUCUUCUAAUAUGGGCUUGGCCCAAGCCAGCUUGGGGGUAAUUAAAUCAAAAGCAAAGGGUAGUAUGGAUUUUUCCAGAGUUAAAGACACUGCAGAGGAUAACACCGGGGAAGAUGCAGAUCUGGCCUGGAAAGGAUAUGAGAGUGAAAGUGGAAGCAUGCACAUAGGGAUGAGUAAGCUAAGCGAAGGAAGCACCAAAAGGAAGGGGCAGCGGGUAAGAAAUUGUAGCUCUAUCUAUUUAAAUACACGUGAAUUGGAUAGUGAAAGAAGGAGAAGCCGAGGCCGAGGAAGGGGUAAGCAGAACGAACUGUCGAGGGUGAGAAGUUCAAUGCCAGAUUUUAUGCCGAGCCCGACCGAAAAAGUUGCAGGAGACUCUGUAGGUGAUUCCGAGAUCCAUCAUUGCAAUAAGGCUCUAAAGAAGAAGAUGCAGAUCAGAUUUGCGAAAGAAAUAUGGGAGCUUGCAAAGCAAUUGGGGGCAACGACAGAGGAUGAGGAGGAGAUAAUUCGGAGGAUUGAAGAGAUGGAGAACAGAGAUAGACAAGGAAAAGUGAUCGCGGGAAACCAAGGGGAAAUCGGUAGCAAUAAGAUAGAUGGUGAACAGUUCACGGGAGUGACAGAAAUUAAAGAAGAGGUGGCUAGGUAUUUCCAAUCACUGUUCAUAGAAGAAAGAUGGAAGAGACCAAAGUUAGAUGGGGUUAGUUUCAAGCAGAUUUCACAAGAGGACAACGAGCUUCUCACGAAAGUAUUCUCAGAGGAGGAAGUUAAAGAAGCAGUAUGGGAUUGUGAUUCUGCCAAAUCUCCAGGUCCAGAUGGAUUCAACUUUAGAUUCAUUAAGGAAAUGUGGGAAGUUAUAAAGCCGGAGGUAAUUGCCUUCAUUCAGGAGUUUCACAAACAUGGGGUCAUGUACAAGAUCAUAGCAAAGCUGCUAGCGAACAGGCUACGAAAGGUGCUACCCAAAGUCAUCGGGGAGCAGCAGAUGGCAUUUAUUGGGGGUAGACAAUUAGUAGAUGGGGUUAUCAUUGCAAAUGAAGUCAUAGAUGAGGUUAAAAGGAAGAAGAAGAAUUGCUUCAUUUUUAAAGUAGACUUUGAGAAAGCCUAUGACAAAGUAUGUUGGGAAUUUUUGGAUUACAUGAUGAAGCGACUGGGAUUUAAUGAAACAUGGAGGAGAUGGAUAUUGGAGUGCCUAAAGUCAAGCUCGAUUUCUGUUCUUAUAAAUGGUAGUCCAACAAGUCAAUUCUCGGUUAGCAAAGGCAUACGACAAGGUGACCCAUUAUUGCCAUUUCUCUUCUUGAUAGUGGCAGAAGGGUUGAAUGGCCUAGUGACCUCGGCAGUGGAAAAAGGAAUAUAUAAAGGAGUGAGGGUAGGGAAUGAAGGUGUCAUGGUGUCACAUCUACAAUUCGCGGAUGACACGGUAUUCUUCGGGGAGGCAUCAGAAGAUAACAUAAAAGGGGUGAAGACAAUUAUGAGGAUCUUCGAGCUGGCUUCAGGACUUAAGAUCAAUUUCGGGAAAAGCCAUUUGAUGGGGGUGGGAGUAGCAGAGAGUUGGCAAACAGAAAUGGCAUAUAGAUUGCACUGUAAAGAAGGGGAACUCCCAUUUGUAUACUUGGGAAUCCCAAUAGGGGGGAACAACAGAAGGAAAUCAAUGUGGCAACCAAUGGUACAAUCAGUUGAGAGGAAAUUAGCUAGCUGGAAGGGCAGAUACCUUUCUAUGGGAGGUCGUAUCACGCUAAUCAAUUCAGUGUUGUCUUCUUUGCCCGUGUUCCUAAUGUCAGCCUACCUAAUUCCAAAAGGAAAGGAGAAAACAUGCAAUCAAAUGGGCAACCUAAGGAGUGGAUCGUGGGAAUGGAAGCUAUCAUGGAGGAGAAAUAUAUUCGAAUGGGAAGCUGGAGAGGUCGUUGAUCUCAAAAGAAUGAUAGAGGGCGUUAAGAUUACUCAAGGCUGGCCUGACAAGUGGGAAUGGAUUCACGACAAGGAGGGUCAAUACUCAACAAAAUCAGCAUACCACCUAUUAGCAACUGAUCAAAGCGGACCUAAUAGAUCUACAAUUUUCAAAAGAACAUGGAACACAUCUCUCCCGACCAAAGUAUCAGCAUUCAACUGGCAACUAAUGUUGGAUAGAAUACCAACCAAGGUGAAUUUGGUGAAAAGAGGGAUUAUUAAAGACAUGGAGGAGAGCAAGUGUGUUGUCUGUGAAGAACAAGAAGAGGACUCAGCACAUCUAUUCUUAAGGUGCAAGCUGAGUUGAUGGCUGUGGGAGGCAUGUGCCAAAUGGUGGGGGGUCGAGGCAAAGCUCGACAUCGACUGUUCAAAGACAUUUGAAAAUUUUGGAGAUUGGAGCAAAGAGGCACGAACAAGACAAGGAUGGGAUUGCAUAUGGAGUUCGGUUGUGUGGACUGUGUGGCUUGCUCGCAAUCAAAAAUUUUUCCAGCA